UUCUUCGAUUCUUUGCCAUUUAACAUGAUUAUCUGAUUUCACCCAUUGAGCCCUUUUUACCUUUCUUUGCAUUGCAUCAUGUUUUCGUUCAUGCAUGAAUCUAUUCUUUUUUGGAUGAACAUUAUGCGCAAAUGCAUGAAGGCUUUCUCAUUUUUAUUUUGAUGCCAACGUGCAAAUGGUUUUCUGAUCACGUUGUACCCAUGGGGACUUCACUGUGCUGUUUAUUCUGCAUAUCCGUAUUAUCAACAAUUGUCUCCUUUAAUUAAUUUUUUUGAAAAUAUUUUCUUCGGUUGUGGUUGGCUUCCCUUGUUUGCUCAAUGCUCAUUGUGGUUCUCCUUUUUGUAUUGUAAAAACUGCAUAUCACCCUUUCAUUUUAGCAGUUGGGAGAUUUUUACCCUGCUAGUUAUUAAGAAGUAACCCUUUUCCAGGGAGAAUGUGGAACGGAAUUAAUCGAAAAAUAAUAAGACAAAUACUUUUUACCUUAGAUAGGAAUCUGGAAUUGGAAAGUUGGGACCUGUGCUAUUUCUGUUGUUCUAUUUCCCCCACUAAUCUGAUAAUUAAACCUAUUGAUUGUUUCUCUGUUUGGUAACGCCGUACCCCUUGAAUUGUGUAGUGUAGUAUUUCAAAAUUAAUCACUUCAUGGUUGGAGUUUAUGAUCUUUAUCUGGUAUCAUUUGGAAGCCUGCAUGUUUGAACUCAAAAUCAUUUGGAAUUUCGGAUUAAGAAAAUGAUACAUGAUGUUCCAAGUAUCUGCUUUUGGUCUUAUAAAGUGUUACAAACGCAGGGAUUUAGCAGUUUGAGGGCACGGUUUAUAUUUAUGUCAAUUUUAUGUCAACACACUUUAUUCUGCAGGAUUUUGAGCAAUACUAGGUUGCAAGUGCUAAGGUUUUGAAAGAUGUCUUCCAAUCCAAUAGAUUGGUUUCAAAAUGGAAAUUCUAGAAGUCCCGAAGCAUUAAGUAGUGUGGCAGAAACAGAGGAAUUUGAUUUCUCAAAAGCAUUGGAUAGGCCAAGGGCUUUGAAUAUAGAGAGACAGAGAUCAUGUGAUGACAGAUCAUUGAGUGAACUAUCCAUAGGCUUUUCCCCACGCCAUUUGGUCAUAAAAGCUGAUAACUUUUCUCGCCUGGGAGACCAUUUUGAUCAGCUAAAUUCUCCUGUGCCAAAAUCAGGUCUUAAUACCCCAAGAUCAAUGACAUUAGAGUCACAUCCUUUAACAUCAGAAGCUUGGGAAGCUCUCAGGCGUUCCUUGGUAUAUUUCCGUGGUCAACCAGUUGGGACAAUUGCGGCCUUAGAUAAUUCUGAUGAGAAACUUAAUUAUGAUCAGGUGUUUAUAAGAGACUUUGUCCCAAGUGCUUUAGUUUUUCUGAUGCAUGGAGAACCGGACAUUGUUAAAAAUUUUAUCUUAAAGACUCUUCGCCUUCAAUCAUGGGAGAAAAAGAUUGACAGGUUUCAACUAGCUGAAGGGGUGAUGCCUGCUAGUUUUAAGGUAUACCAUGAUCCAGUCAGAAACCAUGAAACCCUGAUAGCAGAUUUUGGUGAAAGUGCUAUAGGCAGGGUUGCUCCUGUUGAUUCCGGAUUUUGGUGGAUUAUUUUACUCCGUGCAUACACAAAGGCUACGGGAGACUCUUCUUUGGCAGAACUGCCUGAAUGUCAAAAGGGUAUGCGCUUGAUUCUGAGUUUGUGCCUGUCUGAGGGGUUUGACACAUUUCCAACUUUGCUUUGUGCUGAUGGGUGCUGUAUGAUUGAUCGUAGAAUGGGUGUUUAUGGGUAUCCAAUUGAAAUUCAAGCAUUGUUCUUCAUGGCUUUAAGAUGUGCCUUGCAAUUGCUUAAGCAAGAUGCUGAAGGGAAAGCGUUCAUGGAACGAAUUGUCAAACGCUUGCAUGCCUUAAGCUAUCAUAUGAGAAGCUAUUUUUGGUUGGAUUUGAAGCAACUUAAUGAUGUAUAUCGAUUCAAAACAGAAGAGUACUCACAUACUGCAGUAAACAAGUUUAAUGUUAUUCCUGAUUCUCUACCAGAUUGGAUUUUCGAUUUCAUGCCUCAUCAUGGUGGAUACUUUGUUGGUAAUGUAAGUCCGGCUAGGAUGGAUUUCCGCUGGUUUUGCCUGGGUAAUUGCAUUGCAAUUUUGUCCUGCAUGGCAACUCCUGAGCAGUCCACUGCAAUCAUGGAUCUCAUAGAAUCAAGGUGGGAUGAAUUAAUUGGAGAGAUGCCUGUCAAAGUUUGCUAUCCAGCCUUUGAUAGCAAUGAAUGGGUGAUCAUAACAGGAUGUGACCCAAAAAAUACCAGAUGGAGUUACCACAACGGAGGAUCUUGGCCAGUUCUUUUAUGGUUUCUGUCUGCGGCCUCCAUCAAGACUGGGAGACCCCAAAUUGCAAGACGUGCCCUUCAAAUUGCUGAGAGCAAAUUGCUAAAGGACAACUGGCCUGAAUAUUAUGAUGGAACGCAGGGUCGAUACAUUGGGAAGCAGGCCCGAAAAUUUCAAACUUGGUCUAUAGCUGGUUACUUAGCAGCUAGGAUGAUGCUGGAUGAUCCAUCACAUUUAGGCCUUGUAGCACUAGAAGAAGAUAAACAGCUAAAGCCUUUACUCAAGAGAUCAAAUUCUUGGACUUUGUGAGGAGUUGUUUUUCUUCAUCAAUUUUGACCUGCAAUGAUAAAAAGGAGAAAUCAAGGAAUGGAACAGAAGAAGAGCAGGGUGGGUGGCAAACACACAAAUGAAGCUUUCUUGUUUCUCACUUCCAUGUGUCAAGUGUUAUGCAUUCCUUCUAUGAAGUUCCUAAGGAUUCUUGACGGCCAAUAGUUUUAUCCAAAAGGUGAGCUUAUAAGAAAAUGCCAAAUUCGUUAACUGCACCAAGUUCUUGGCUGAAAAUGUAUGCACUUAGAUGCAGAUUUUACAAUUUAGAUUGAGAUAUUG